AUGAGAUAUUAUCUCAUAGGUCAAGACUUACGGGAUAUUAUCGGAGGAGAUAAUACUACACCACCAGUUGGGGAUGCGAAAACUCUGAAAGAGUGGGAGACAAAAUGCGGGAAGGUGAUGUAUAUGCUGAUGGUUACAAUAGAAGAUGAGCAGAUGCAACAGAUCAAGUCGGCUAAAACACCAAAUGAAGCGUGGAACAUCCUUAAGUCUGCUUUUGCCAAGAAGAACGAAGCAAAACUGCAACGGCUCAAAAAUGAGUUGUUCUCAAUCUCGCAACAGAACCUCACUGUAAGUCUAUACUUUUCUAAAGUAAAAUCUUUAUGUGAGGAGAUUUCAAAAUUAGAUCCAGACAACGAGAUCAACAAGAGAAGGAUGACGAGGAUCAUCAUCUACGAUCUAAGACCUGAAUUUAAGGGUCUUGUGAUUGCUACUCGUGGUUGGGCUACACAACCAACCUUAGACGAGUUAGAGAAUAUCUUAUCCAAUGAAGAGACUUUGGACUAA